AUGGCAGGAUUCGCCACAGUCGCAGCGGUCCUAGCAGCGGUCGCUGUGUUCAUUCGCAUCAUCUAUCUUCGACUCUUGCCCAAACCGAUACCCGGUCUGCCAUGCCAUCAAGACUCCACGAAUCGAAUCCUCGGCGAUGCUCCCUAUUUCAUUGAGAUUGAUAAUGCGGGCGGGUUCUGGCUCAAGUUCUUCACUGAUUUGCUUUCAAAAACCAAGACGCCAAUCGCACAAUUCUUUCCUGGUCCCUUCGACAGGACGCAUGUCGUGAUUGCCGAUUACCGAGAAGCCCGGGACCUGCUCUCGAAGAGGAGCAAGGAUCUCAGUCGGGGGUACACGAACAACAUGAUUUGGCAGGGUGUCAUACCAGAGCACUUCAUCGCGAUGGAAGAUGCUCAUCCGUCUUUCAAAGAUGCCAAGUUCCUUACCAAAGAUUUGAUGACGCCGAGCUUCUUACACGGGGUAUCAGCGCCGGCUUCGUAUAAGACGGUCCGGAAAUUCAUCGAACUGUGGAAAAGCAAAGCUGCUGCUACUGACGGCUUGCCUUUUGAGGCAGACGAAGAUUUGGAGGCCUUUACUUACGACAUCAUGAACACUGCCGCCUUUGGUGUACCAGUGGAAGAAAGCUAUAUCGCGGAACGGCUGCGAUCUAUGAAACGGGGUCCAUCUCUUGAGAUACCCAGAGAAGCUGGUUCUGAUGAGAAGGUUAAGAAAGAACCCCUCAAAGUCGCCACGUUUCUCCCUGUUGAACGGCCAGAACUUCUCUUCGCUCUUGAUACCCUGAACAAGAGAGUCACGGGUGCCUUCCGAGCAAUGAUACCGAGCAUCUUCUUCAUUUUCGACAACCUGCGACCAACUAUACAACGGGCCUUCCGCUUGAAGAGGUCCAUUCUUCAGUCGCAUAUCGACCUUUCAGUAGAGAAGCUCUCACGAAGCGAUGGAGAAGAGAACUUCGCCUCGGCUGUAGACUACGUCGUUUCUCGCGAGAAGUUGGCUGCGGAGAACUCAGGGCGAAAGCCUGCUUUCGACUCGCUUCGGAUGAGCGACAUGCUUUGGGGAUACCUAGUGGGCGGGCAAGACUCGACUCAUAGCACGCUAUGUUUCACGGCCAAGUACCUCGGAUCAAACCAGGACGUUCAGUCCAAGCUGCGCGAGAAUCUACGGGCUGCCUACCUCGAAGCGGUAGCCGAGAAACGUGAGCCGACCAUUGACGAAAUCGUCAAAACCCACGUUCCGUACCUGGACGCGUUCAUCGAAGAGACUCUACGCCUGAGCAGUCCUGCUGGAGCUAUCAUGAAAGAUACGCUUCGAGAUAUGGAUAUUGUCGGUUACCACGUUCCUAAGGGAACCCCGAUAAUGUUUCUGUUGACUGGACCUACAAUCGCAGAAGCUGGGGCAGUCGUCGAGGAAAAGAAACGAAGUGAGACUUCACAGAAGCUCAACAACGAAGGCGUGGAAGACUGGGGCCGGAGCCGCUUUCCUGCGGAGUCAUUUCUCCCAGAACGAUGGUUACAGCCUGGCGAGAAUGGUGAAGUCAAAUUCAAUGGUCAAGCUGGUCCAUUCAUGAGUUUCAGCCUUGGUCCAAGGGGUUGCUGGGGGAAGAGAUUGGCCUAUCUUGAGUUGAAGUUGAUCAUAACUUUAUUGGUCUGGAACUUGGACUUUGACAGGUUGCCCACCGAGAUGGAAGAUGAUGGUCUGGUGGAGGGAUUGUUCACGAAACCCAAAUCAUGUCUGGUUAAGUUGAAGGCUGUAAAGAUUACGUAG